AAAAAUACCCAGAAAGCAGAAUCUGAUUAAUCUAAUUAUUUCGCAUUUCCAGUUAAAAAAUCAACCAAAGUUGAGAAAUCAAUGCAACGUAAUCGACCUGACAUCACCAAGAAGAAUAUGAAAAUAUUAAAAAUGUUGAAGAAUAAUCAGAGGAGGAAAAGUGGUCCUUCUUUGCUCAAGCCAUCAUCAGCUCUAUUUGCUUUCCCAGCCUAUCUCAAUCAUAGGGUUAAUCUUUAUUUCCCAUUGAUCAGAAAUUUUUAAAUCUUUUAUAGAUAUUUGGUCCAUUUGAUGAUUAGAGAAAUUGCAUUUUCCACCUAAUAUAUAAAUGUCAGAGGCAUGCAAGUAUUACAGCAUAAAACAACAAUGGAGGAAAAGGGUAAUGAAGGAGGAUCAGAUGUUCGAUAUAGAGGAGUAAGAAGGCGGCCAUGGGGGAAAUUUGCAGCAGAGAUUCGAGACUCGAUGAGGCAAGGUACUAGAAUAUGGUUAGGGACUUUUAAUACAGCUGAAGAAGCUGCAAGAGCUUAUGAUAAAGCUGCAUAUGCAAUGCGAGGUCAUUUAGCUAUAUUAAAUUUCCCCGACGAACACCCUCCAAAAAAGGUUCAUUCUGCUGCCUCUUCUUCUUAUUCUUCCUCCUCUUCUUCUUCUGCUUCUUCUUCAUCUUCUUCUUCUUCUUCUUCCUCCUCAAUUUUACAGAAUGUGGAAAGAAGAGAGAUUGAGCAAGGGAAACAAGUGAUUGAAUUUGAGUGCUUGGAUGACAAGUUGCUCGAGGAUCUUCUUGAUUUUGAUGAUCAGAAUAAAGAUUGAACCUUUCAUGUUAUAGAAUUGGAACUACUUAUCAAUGUUCAUAAACAGAGUUCUGAAUAAAAAUGGAAAUCCUUCAAUUUGGCGCCAGAUGAAGGUAGUUAGUUAGUUAGUUAACCUUUAAGUACUUUGUGGGUCCCUUUCAGUGACCCUUUUUAACCAAAAAAAAUUAACUGUAUACCGAUAAUAAUCAG